UAUUCAGAUUUUGUGUUUUUUUGUCUACGUAAUGGCAGCGAAACGUAAAAAUGUUGUAGUGACAAUGGAAAAGAAACUAGAAGCCUUAGGUAGAAUUGAUAAAGGCGAAUCUUUAAAAACAGUUGCAGCAUCGUAUGGUGUUGUUACAUCUACAGUAUCGGAUUGGAAGAAAAAUAGAACUAAAAUCGAAGAAUUCUGUUUCAAAAUGAUAACAAAAGACAGUUUGGACAAUCGGUGCAAAACUAAUAAAGCUAAAAAUGAGACUCUCGACGACGCUUUGUAUGUGUGCUUUUGUGCGGAACGCGAACGUGGAUUACCAGUGUCUGGACCAAUUAUUCAAGAAACAGCACUCAAGCUGAAUAAAAUGUUGCCUGAUUGUGAACCAGAUUUCACUGCGAGUCAAGGUUGGCUGGAUAGAUGGAAAAAACGUCAUGGAAUACGCCAACUAUCUAUCACUGGAGAAAGUCUAUCUGGGGACAACAACGCUGCUCAUGACUAUAAAAGCAAGUUUUUGGAUUUUGUGAGAGAAGAAAAUUUAACGGCAGAUCAAAUAUAUAACGCCGAUGAGACUGGCCUGUUUUACAGAAUGUUUCCAAGCAAAACUUUGGCCUCAAAAACUGAAGAAGCCGCAAAAGGAUACAAAAAAAGCAAAGACCGAUUGACAAUAAUGGCCUGCAGCAAUGCUUCGGGGAAGCAUAAAUUUCCCCUAGUCUUAAUAGGAAAAUCAAAAAAUCCGCGAGCACUGAAAAAUGUAAAUCGGGAUUAUUUACCAGUUGUUUACCAGUCUCAAAAGAAUGCAUGGAUGGACAGCACCACUUUUAAAAACUGGUUUUUUGAUUGUUUUGUGCCAGGUGUAACAAAAUAUUUAAAAGACUGUGGGUUGCCAAAUAAAGCUGUCCUAAUAAUUGAUAAUGCGCCUUCAUAUCCUUCAGCAGAUGUGCUGGUCAGUGGGGACAUUACCGUCAAGUUUUUGCCGCCUAAUGUAACAGCGCUAUUACAGCCCAUGGACCAGGGGGUUCUAGAGAAAAUUAAGAAGGUUUACAGAAGACAGAUGUUAAGCACAAUCAUAGAAGAUGAAGGACAACACGGUGUAGUUGAAGUUCUCAAAACGUUCAAUGUCAAAACUGUAAUUUAUAUGAUUGCAGAAUCUUGGGAACAAGUGACUACAAUCAGCUUGAUAAAAUCUUGGAAAAAACUGUGGAAGGGUGUAUGCGACUUGCCAGAAAAUUCAAUUCAACCAGUGGAUAACUGUUACCUGGAAAAUGAUUCGCCAGACGAAGUCCAGUCCCAAGAACUUUUGAAUAUGUUCCAAAAUAUUGACGGUUGCUCUGAAGUCGAUGAAAGUGACAUUAAUCUGUGGUUAGAGGCAGAUAAUAACGGAGGUUAUGCGCCACUUACUGACGAGGCGGUGAUCGCGUUGUGUUUACCUGACGCUAGUGAAUCAGACGCUGAGAACGCAGACGGUGACAUUGAACAGCCAGUGAUGAGUCAUGGAGACGCAAUGACCCAAUUAGACGCACUAAUGGUUUAUUUCGAGCGGCAAGCGGAAACAUCGCCGGCUGAACUGCUGAUGUUAAAGAGACUGCGGGAUCGCACAGCACGCAAGCGGCAGACGAAACUGACGCAACCGAAACUGACUGAUUUUUUUAUUACCAAGAAAUGAACAAUACUCUAUACAACUAUAUGUAAGUUAAUGUGUACUGUGCAUAUAUAUUUCAUGUUAUUUCAAUUAUAACGGAGUUUAUCUGUAAGUAUACUGUAUUUUAUUAAUUUUUACCAUUUUCUCCGGCUAACCCGGAUUUUCGAUAACCCGGAUCGGCCGCGGUCCCGAUUAGUCCGAGUUAUCGAGGUUCCACUGUACUUGAU